CAAUCAGCGGCGCGUCGAGUAACGCGCAGUGCAUAUCGAUCUGGCACGGCUCGCGCACGUGUCAGGCUUAUUAGGUGGCAGCACGGGUCGGCGGUGUCAACGAGAGAUAACGCAUCGGCAGUGUCUGUCCGCCGUGCGUGUCGUCCGCUCGCGUUUGCGCUCGCACGCCAGUCCGUCCUCGGCCGCGAGUACACGGCGAUCCACGGCAGCCGCAACGGUCACCUGCACACCACCCGGCGUCGCGACGCCCGUCAACUUCCAGAAAAAUGCGGUACCUUCUACCACUAUUGUUAGUAGUUUUAAUAAUACAGACAUCGGUCGCACCGCCAAUCGAAAAGAAGAAUGAGGACCACAAGGACACGAACGAGGUCGAUGACUCUGACGAUUUGGGAAAUCCAGAGUACCAAAUGGAGUAUCAUCGGUACCUGAAGGAGGUGGUUCAAGCCCUGGAAAGUGAUCCGGAAUUCCGUGCAAAGUUGGAAAAGGCCCAUGAAGACGAUAUACGUACGGGCAAGAUAGCGCACGAACUGCAGUUCGUGAACCACAAGGUCAGAACAAAGCUUGACGAAUUGAAGCGGGAGGAGCUGGAGAGGCUGCGACAUCUCGCUACCAAGGAGCACAAUCUGAUAAACGGCCUGGAUAUAGACCAUUUAAAGAUAGCGGAACAUUUGGAUCACUCUAAUGCGCACACGUUCGAGAUAGACGAUCUGAAGAAAUUGAUCGCCAAGACGACGAAAGACUUGGCGGAUGCUGAUAAACGAAGACGCCAGCAGUUUAAAGAAUACGAGAUGCAGAAGAAAUUCGAGGAGGAGCAAAAGAUGAAGGGUAAUACCGACGUUCAAUUCUCGGAAGGUCUGAAGGAGGAAGAGAGGAAGAAAUACGAGGAGGAGCUAGAAGCGAUGAAGAAGAAGCAUAAGGAUCACAAACCAUUGCAUCAUCCUGGUAGCAAGCAACAGUUGGAAGAAGUAUGGGAGAAGCAAGAUCAUAUGGAAGCUCAAGAAUUUGAUCCCAAGACGUUCUUUUACCUUCAUGAUUUGGACGGCAAUGGUUUCUGGGAUCAAGACGAGGUAAAGGCUCUGUUUUUGAAAGAAUUGGAUAAACUUUACACUGAAGGUGCGCCUGAGGACGAUACCUACGAAAGACGGGAAGAAAUGGAAAGGAUGCGAGAACACGUCUUUAAUGAAGCCGACCUUAAUCACGAUGGUCUCAUAAGUUAUGAAGAAUUUUUAGAACAAACGAAGAAACCCGAUUUCCAGCAGGAUGAAGGAUGGCAGGGAUUGGAUGAGCAACAAAUUUAUUCUCAGCAAGAAUACGAAGCUUUCCAGAGGCAAAGAGCGGAAGAAAUUCAGAAAAUAGUUUCCAAAGCAGUGUUACCACCAUCCCCUGACACUGCACAUCUACCCGUCCAACAUGAACAGUUCCCACCACAGUACCAACAAUACGAUCCCCAGUAUCAUCCACAAGGACAACUACCACCACAACCAGUUGGCCAUGUGCCACAAUACCAGGGUCAAUUGCCACAGCAACAGUAUCAACCACAAGUUCCACCUCCUCAGCAGCAUUAUCCUAGUCAGAUUCCGCAGCAUCAGCAGUACCAGGGACAACAGCCGCAGUACCAAGUACCAGUACCGCAACAGCCUCAGUUCCAACCUCAGCAAGUACAUCAACAAUUCCAAGGUCAGCCUCAGCAGGUUCAACAGCAGGCUCAGAUUAAACCUCAGCAGGUCCAACAGCAGAAUCUGAAUCAGCCUCAGCAGGUCCAACAACAGAUCCAAAAUCAGCCUCAACAGGCUCAACAACAAAUACAACAGCAACAAAUCCAAAAUCAAGUGCCACAAAAUACUCAGGGUAACGUUCCGUCGAGCAGUCAUGGCGCUGCACAAGUCAGCCACAAUCUUCCACAGCAACAAGAUUUGAAUUCCGCUAAACAACAAAUCAACCAGAACAGUAUACCGAACAUAUAAACAUGUAGAUAAUGCAACGUGAUGAUCGAAUAGUUGACGAAAAUGUUUCUAGUUAAUUUUUUUUAAAUAAUGGAUAAAAAUAUUGUAAAGUUCUAUGAUUGUCGAUUUAAUCCCAUGUAAGACUUUAAAACAUUUUUGUUUCAGAGAAGUGCAAUUGAAUUGUAGACUUUUAUAUUUAUACUAAAAAUAUUGGUAAUAAUUUUACUUUUGUAUUUUUUCGAGAUUUCAGUCAUUAGACAUCAGCCAUAUUCAGUGACGAUGUUGGAAGCAAGAAAUCAUGUAAAUUCUUUUUCUCGUAAUAUCUAAAUACAAAAUAAUUGUAUAAAUU